CUUUUUUCCCUUGCCGCCCCGUUCUUUCUAUUGCCUUUGCUUACACAAUUCAAUUCCCCUUGUACCUUCUUCCAGCCAGCCCGUUCUUCUCGUCAGUCCCGUCAUCUCGUCACCAUCAACAACCUUACCUUUACUCUCUCCACGUUCACCUUCUUCUACCGUUUCGACGAUUUUCGAACGGUCCUGGCGAAGCCGUUUCAUACUCGAGUUUAUCACAUCGCCGCCGCCAAUAGUAAUUCUUGACGAGCAGCUGGUGUUGCUUCAAUUGUACCUGCUCCAUUCACUUCGACUCUGUACCAUAUACGCUUAAUCAGACGCCUCUCGCUUCUCUCGACUCCUACUUGGACUCGUUCAGUUUCCCCAAUCUGGCUGGCAUCGAGGGGCCGAUCGGGCGCUUGCCCGCGACUUCAUCAUGACCACAACAACAACCUCUGACGGCCACCUUGAUCCGCAGGCCCUCAGUGCUACUCAAAGAUCGCGAUGGGCCACACAAAGAAAAAGCGUCAACAGUAGCAACAACAAACGCAAUUCUCUACUCGAACGUAUGGGACAUAAGAAGACAGGUUCCAAUGAGAAGAACCCCCCCUCCGACGGAUCCGACCCUCACGGUGACGAUGGCCAACCGCCCCAAGCGAACCCCGAAGACCUGAAUGGUGGUGAGGAGGACGAGGAUCACGAGAACCGCACCUUGUUCUUUAACCAGCCCCUGCCUGAAGAGCUUUUGGAUGAAAACGGCCAUCCCACUCAAGUCUUCACGCGAAAUAAAAUCCGAACAGCCAAAUAUACGCCUCUAUCAUUCGUUCCUAAAAACUUGUGGUUUCAAUUCCAUAAUGUUGCUAAUAUAUUUUUCUUGUUCUUGGUUAUCCUGGUCAUCUUUCCAAUUUUUGGUGGUGUCAAUCCAGGUCUCAACGCCGUUCCGUUGAUUUUCAUUAUUGCAGUGACUGCUAUCAAGGAUGCCAUUGAAGAUUACCGACGAACUAUUCUCGACAUCGAACUCAACAAUGCUCCUGUCCACCGAUUACGAAACUGGAACAACGUCAAUGUUAUGGAGGGCGACGUUUCCAUGUGGCGUCAAUUCAAGAAGGCCAACUCAAAAUUCUUCGGUUCUAUCUGGCGAGCAACUCAAUCUCUGUGGUCCAAGAAGGCGAAGGAGGAGAGGGCGAAGCGGAAGGCCGGCCCUGCGGAGGAUGAUGCGCCUCGGCCUUCAGUCGAGACACACCGAACUCGUCAGUCCAUGCGACAGUCCAUUGCAUCGCCUUUCACCGGUCGCGAGUCCUUCAUGUCCGCCCGAGAGGAUAUUCAGAUGACCCCUGUUCCAUCGCCUUCACCUCAGGCUACACCUGCACAAUUUGAGAUGCCUGACCAGCAAGAUGCCAAGCGCGCAGCAGCCUUAUCGCAGAUGAAGUCUGAUAUCAUCAACUACAACCAUCCCCCAUCCGGUGCUCGAUUUCAAAAGGAUACCUGGAAAAGUCUCGUCGUUGGCGAUUUCGUUCGUAUAUAUAAUGACGAAGAAUUGCCCGCUGAUGUCAUCAUUCUAUCUACCUCCGAUCCUGAUGGAGGCUGCUAUGUCGAAACCAAGAAUCUGGACGGCGAAACUAACCUGAAAGUCCGCCAGGCUUUACGUUGCGGCCGAGGUCUAAAGCAUGCUAGAGACUGCGAACGUGCAGAGUUUGUGAUUGAAAGUGAGGGACCGCAACCAAACCUCUACAAGUAUAACGGUGCCAUCAAGUGGAAGCAAAAUGUCCCCGGCUACCUCGACGACGAGCCCGAGGAUAUGACGGAACCUAUCACCAUCGACAACCUCCUCCUACGUGGAUGCAACCUCCGGAAUACCGAGUGGAUUGUUGGUGUAGUAAUUUAUACCGGACAUGACACCAAAAUCAUGAUGAACGCUGGUAUCACUCCUAGUAAGCGUGCUCGCAUUGCUCGAGAGAUGAACUUCAAUGUCGUGUGUAACUUCGGUAUCUUGCUUAUCAUGUGUUUGCUCGCCGCUAUAAUAAACGGUGUCGCAUGGGCAAAGACAGAUGCGUCUCUUCACUUCUUCGACUUCGGAUCCAUUGGCGGCAAACCAGCUAUGAGCGGAUUUAUCACUUUCUGGGCUGCCAUUAUUCUGUUCCAGAACUUGGUCCCUAUUUCGCUCUAUAUCACGCUGGAAAUUGUACGAACUUUACAGGCUAUCUUUAUUUACAGCGAUGUGGAGAUGUACUACGAACCGAUCGAUCAACCAUGUAUUCCCAAGUCAUGGAACAUUUCGGACGAUGUUGGCCAAAUCGAAUACAUCUUUUCCGACAAAACCGGUACUCUCACACAAAACGUCAUGGAGUUCAAGAAGGCAACGAUCAAUGGACAGCCAUACGGAGAAGCUUACACGGAGGCUCAGGCAGGAAUGCAGAAGCGACUUGGCAUCGAUGUUGAGAAGGAAGCAGAGAGGGCUCGCGCCGAGAUUGCUGACGCCAAGGUUCGGGCGCUUGCUGGUCUUCGUAAAAUCCACGACAACCCAUAUCUUCACGACGAGGCUUUGACAUUCAUUGCUCCUGACUUUGUUUCCGAUCUCGCUGGCGAGUCAGGCCCCGAGCAGCAGGCAGCCAAUGAGUAUUUCAUGCUCGCCCUGGCUCUCUGUCAUACUGUGAUGGCUGAGAAGGUUGAUGGUGACAAACCAAAAAUGAUUUUCAAGGCGCAAUCGCCAGAUGAAGAAGCCUUGGUUGCUACUGCUCGUGAUAUGGGUUUCACUGUUCUCGGAAGCUCUGGUGAAGGCAUCAAUCUGAACGUUAUGGGCCAGGACCGACAUUAUCAAAUCCUCAACACUCUUGAAUUCAACUCUAGUCGAAAGCGAAUGAGCUCAAUUGUCCGGAUGCCCGAUGGCCGCAUCGUUCUCUUCUGCAAAGGUGCAGAUAGUAUCAUCUACUCUCGCCUUAAACGAGGCGAACAGAAGGAGCUCAGAAAGACAACUGCCGAGCAUCUCGAAAUGUUUGCCCGCGAAGGUCUUCGAACACUUUGCAUUGCCCACAAGGAAGUUUCCGAGCAGGACUACCGAGCUUGGAAGAAAGAACACGAUGCAGCUGCUUCUGCCCUCGAAGAGCGGGAAGAGAAGCUGGAAUCCGUGGCCGAGCUGAUUGAACAAGAUCUCUACCUUAUUGGUGGUACCGCCAUCGAGGAUCGGUUGCAAGAUGGAGUUCCCGACACAAUUGCUCUCUUGGGUAAUGCUGGUAUCAAGCUUUGGGUUCUCACUGGCGACAAAGUUGAGACUGCUAUUAAUAUCGGCUUCUCUUGUAACCUUCUCAACAAUGACAUGGAAUUGAUUCACCUGAAGGUCGACGAGGACGAGACAGGCGAGAUCACUGACGAGACCUUCUUUGAUAUGGCAGAAAGACUAUUGGACGACAACCUUCAGACUUUUGGUAUUACUGGUAGCGACCAUGAUCUCGCGCUUGCCAAGAAGAACCACGAACCGCCUGCCCCAACCCACGGACUUGUCAUCGAUGGUUUCACACUCCGAUGGGUACUCAACGACCGCCUAAAGCAAAAGUUUCUUCUGCUUUGCAAGCAGUGCAAGUCGGUUCUCUGCUGUCGAGUCAGUCCUGCACAGAAGGCUGCCGUUGUGGCUAUGGUCAAGAACGGUCUCGAUGUCAUGACUCUUUCCAUUGGCGACGGUGCCAACGAUGUUGCCAUGAUUCAGGAAGCCGAUGUUGGUGUCGGUAUUGCUGGUGUUGAAGGCCGUCAAGCGGCCAUGUCUUCUGACUAUGCUAUUGCUCAAUUCCGAUUCCUUCAGAGACUGGUGCUCGUCCAUGGUCGAUGGUCAUACCGCCGUCUGGCAGAGAGUAUCAGCAAUUUCUUUUACAAGAACAUGGUCUGGACCUUCUCCAUUUUCUGGUACGAGAUCUAUUGUGAUAUGGAUAUGACCUAUCUCUUCGACUACACGUACAUUCUCAUGUUCAACCUCUUCUUCACUUCGGUCCCUGUCGCUAUUAUGGGUGUUCUGGAUCAGGACGUGUCUGACAAGGUAUCGUUGGCUGUUCCUCAGCUCUACCGACGAGGUAUCGAGCGACUGGAGUGGACCCAGCUCAAGUUCUGGCUCUACAUGAUUGAUGGUGUUUAUCAGUCCAUCAUGGUUUUCUUCAUUCCGUAUCUUCUGUUUAUGCCUGGCACCUUCUUGACUGGCAAUGGUCUUGGCGUAGAGGACCGCCUUCGAUUUGGCGCCUACGUUGCUCACCCCGCCGUCAUCACGAUCAACAUGUACAUUCUGAUCAACACCUAUCGUUGGGAUUGGCUGAUGGUGCUCAUUGUUGUCAUCUCUGAUGUAUUCAUUUUCUUCUGGACUGGAGUGUACACUUCCUUCACCUCGUCGGCGUUCUUCUAUGGUACUGCUGCACAGGUAUAUGGAGAGGCAACCUUCUGGGCAUGUUUCUUCCUUGUACCUGUUAUCUGUCUCUUCCCACGAUUUGCCAUCAAGGCUCUUCAGAAAGUGUACUGGCCUUACGAUGUUGAUAUCAUUCGUGAGCAGGAACGAAUGGGUAAAUUCGCACAUCUCUACCAGGCUGAAGAGACCAGUGAUCCUCUCACUGCAGACACCAAGAGUGACAAGUCCAAGUCAUCCAAGAGCUCAAGGAGGUCAAAGAAGAUGCCUAAGCACGUGGCCUAUGGCAGUGUCGAUGAGGAUCUACGACCCAUUUACCCUCCCUCAACAGCGACACGAACCACGACAUACAAUCAACACAGCCAAAAUGGCAGCGACUCGACCAAUUACACGGCGCAUCGCAUAUCGUUGGAUGUACCAAUGCAAGCCCGGCCAUCGAUUGACCGAGCGCGACCAUCAUACGACCGUAUGCGAGCCUCGAUGGACAGGGUGAGACCCAGCUUUGAAGCCAGCAACGACUUCACAUCAGCAGCGAGAUUAUCAAGGAUCGAGUCAAGUCAAUCGCAAGGAGGUCGAUUCCGCCCUCGACUUAGAGGACUUUCGUUGACUAAGAGUGCCAACAUAUAAUUCCGGCUCUCUGAAUCUCGCUGUACAUUAUGCUCAACUCGACUAUUGCUGACGACACGGCUCUGCGGACCCGCUGCCGAGUUUUGUUUCUCUCGACCUUUCCUUGCUUUUGAUAUCCCAGGCCUCAGACGGCCAGUGAUGCACUUACGAUCUGCAUGAGCGAUCUAUGAGUUGCUUUCCGCGGUCUUUGUAUGCUCAUGCGCUUUAGCACGCAACGAAAGCAACGAGGUCGAAUUGGUUUUUUUUUUAUUAUUUCAUUUUAUAAUACCCCCUAUGCUUCAACUGCAUUGAGCUAGGAGGUUUGCUUUUACACACGCAGGGCGUUAUAAAGGGGAAAUGCAAAAGGGGUUUUUGUUUUUUUUGUAUGAAUUGAUUCUUUGGUGGCUUCGGUACUAUCACUUUUAGUCUUCCUUCAUCUCCCAUGUUGUUUCACACUUUUCUUUUUAGCAUCUUUAGAGCUGGAAAGCAGCAAACCCAUUCUCUGACGAAGAUACAUUUCAUUAUUGCGCUGUCGAAGAGAGGGAGAAUAGCGAGAUGAGGAGACCGGUUGAUUGAUGCUGGGGAGGAUGUCACAGGUCAGAAAGCGAGCAUGAAGGAAAGAAAGAAAGAAUGAGUGGGAGAAGACAGCGGUGUCGAUGCUGUAAAUAAGAAGCGGUUAUAUAAUCAGGUUGUCAUCUCCUUUUGGAGACCAGAGACGAAAAUCAAUAAGACGAUAUGCAAAUUCAAUAUUAAGUCCGGGUCCCUUGAUGCUGGUG